GAAUGUAAGGAAUUAAUUUGAAGGCGAUGGGUGUAGAGAGGUGGGUGACUCUAGACUUUAGCGGGUUUAAGUUGAUGUAAGAAAAUUAAUGUAGAGAGGUGUGUGAGUAAUGAUUGUUUUUUAUUUGGAGGUAAUAUUUGUUUUUGGUGAAUUUCUUUUUAAUACUAGCGAUAAUCUAAACUACAAAAUGGAGGGGAGUUUCUCUCUCACACACACUACUAAGGUGUCAUAGGUGUUUAAACCUGAGACCAUUGGUCUGCAAGUCAAAGCCCUUUUUCACUAAUUGGUACUUUUCCGUUCUCUUUGACGAUUUUUAAAAUUUUUUUUUUAAAAAUUUUAUACAAGCGACGUUGAGGAAGGAAAAUCAAACUUAGGACCUCAUUUAUAUGCUCUUAACCACUUGAGUUGUUUUUUUUUUGGGAAAAUUUUUAGUGUAAGUUCUUUCCUUGAGUCAUUGUAAACAAAAAAAAAAAAAAGUGAAUUUAUCAUUACAGUUGUAUAAAAAAGUAGGUGGACAUGGUGAGUAUUGUCACCCUCAUAUUGUAUAAUUCUUCACUUUCUUUAUCAAAAUUUAUAACAAACAACCAGCCUUCUUCCCAAUAAAAGAAAGAAAGGAAAAAAAAAAAAAAAAAAAAAAAAGCUUAUAUGGGCUCUACAGUACGUACCUUGAAGUAUAUAUAUGUAUAUAUCAUAUACUCCUUCAAAGCUACACUACAAAGAAACAAAGAAGAAUAUGGCUUCUGUGCCUGGAAUUCUUACUGAGUGGCCAUGGAAAGCUCUUGGAAGCCUCAAGUACGUGAUCUUGGCUCCAUGGAUCAUCCACAGCACCUGGUUGUUUGUGGCUAACGAUGCAAAAGAAAGAGACGUUUCAUACUUCCUCUUGCUUGGAGUGGUGUUGUGGAGGAUCAUCCACAACCAGAUAUGGAUCUCUCUGUCUCGAUAUCGAACUGCCAAAGGCAAUGGCCGAAUCCUUGACAGGGGUCUCGAAUUCGAACAGGUCGACAGAGAAAACAAUUGGGAUGACCAGAUAUUGUUCAAUGCACUCCUAUUCUACACAGGCAGCAGGUACCUGCCUGGGGCUCAAAAGCUGCCACUUUGGAGGGCACAUGGAGUUCUUUUAACCAUUGUGCUUCAUGCUGGUCCUGUGGAGUUCCUGUAUUAUUGGUUUCACAGAGCACUUCACCAUCAUUACCUUUACUCUCGCUACCAUUCUCAUCACCAUUCCUCAAUAGUUACUCAGCCAAUUACUUCUGUGAUUCAUCCAUUUGCGGAGCAUGUAGUAUAUUCUGCGCUCUUCUUUAUACCAAUUUUGGGAACUAUGUUGACGAGAACACUGUCUGUGGUAUCUUUUACUGCUUAUAUUACUUACAUUGACUUCAUGAACAACAUGGGGCACUGCAAUUUCGAGCUCAUUCCAAACUGGCUCUUUUCUCUAUUUCCUCCUCUUAAGUAUUUUAUGUAUACACCCUCGUACCACUCCUUGCAUCACACACAAUUCAGAACCAAUUACUCACUUUUUAUGCCAAUUUACGAUUACAUAUAUGAAACCAUAGACAAAUCUUCGGAUACUCUCUAUAAAACUUCACUCAAGAGAGAGGAAGAAACGCCAGAUGUCCUUCAUCUAACCCAUCUGACAACACCUGAGUCCAUCUAUCAUCUACCGCUAGGAUUUGCUUCCUUGGCCUCCCAGCCCCACACAUCAAAAUGGUACCUAUGGCUGAUGUGGCCUGUGACAUUGUGGUCUAUGAUUCUAACUUGGAUCUAUGGCCGUACAUUUGUGGUUGAGAGGCAACGUUUUGAUAAUCUCAUAUUACAAACUUGGGCUAUACCAAAGUACAAUUUGCAAUACUACUUGCAAUGGCAAAAUGAAGCCAUCAACAGUUUGAUUGAGGAAGCCAUAAUUCAAGCAGAGGAAAAGGGUGUCAAAGUUUUAUGUCUGGGUCUCUUAAAUCAGGGUGAGGAGCUGAAUAGAUAUGGUGGUGUGUACGUUCACAGGCAUCCUCAUCUCAAAAUCAGGAUUGUGGAUGGAAGUAGCUUAGCUGUGGCCAUAACCCUAAACACCAUUCCAAAAGGAACCACCCAAGUUCUUCUUAGAGGCAACCUCACAAAGGUUGCUCAUGCCGUUGCUUUUGCUUUGUGCCAGAAGGGUAUCCAGAUAACUACAUUACACCACGAUGAGUAUUUGAAGCUCACCAAAUCAUUAAGUGGCAUGGAAAGUAGCUUGGUUCUUGCAAAAAGUUAUGCACAUAAGAUUUGGUUAGUGGGAGAUGGAUUGAGUGAAGAAGAACAAUUGAGAGCACCAAAAGGAACAUUAUUUGUUCCUUUCUCCCAAUUCCCACCAAAAAAAUUGCGUAAAGACUGCUUCUACCACUACACUCCAGCAAUGAAGACACCCCCAUCUCUUGAGAAUGUUCAUGCUUGUGAGAAUUGGUUGCCAAGAAGGGUGAUGAGUGCAUGGCGCAUAGCAGGCAUAGUGCAUGCCUUGGAAGGCUGGAAGGAGCAUGAGUGUGGGUACAACAUGUCCAAUAUUGACAAAGUUUGGCAAGCAACUCUCCAACAUGGCUUUCAGCCUCUCAUCAUCUCUACCACUCACACCAAAAAUUAGUUGGCUUCAUCAAAAUAUUAAUUACAUGCACCCUCUUCUUUAUUAUAAGUAAUCCCUUAUUUCCGUCGGGUUUUUAAUUAUGUGACUAUUAUUAUGGCUUUUGGCUUUUAUCAUCAUGUUGUUUAUCAGUUACUCUAUUAUGGAUAUCACUAUUUAUUAUUGAAGUAAUAUUCGUCCCA